CGAAGGAAGGCCGCAUCGAGCGAAGCGGCCGACAUCAAGAGUUCCUACUACACUGACUUCUAGUGAACCCGGGCCUUCGAACGUCGGCACUCGCACAGGACUGGCUGCUGGUAAGGGAAAGCGCAAGCGCAAAGCUGAUACGGAGGAAGAUUGUCAAGCGGAAGGCACGGAAGAAACUAAGGGACUAAACGGAGAAGUCGAGAAGCCAAAAGGGAAAGGACGGGCUGCAAACAAGUCGAAAUCAUCCACAGAAAGGCUUUAUGACAUCGACUUUAUGCUUACAAACCCGAAAAGUCGACUGACGGGGAUGGAUAUCUCUGACGUUAUAAAUUACGGUGCAUGGCUUGCACUGUCUCCCGAAUCCCGUGCCAGUCUGUGUAAACUUCUACCUAGGACGGCCUUUGGGGAACAAUCACAAGAAUUAGACGAAUCACAUCCUUCACGAAGAAGCUUACAGGAGAAUAUCUCUUCCACGCCAUAUAAAAUUGAUGAUUCAGUGCAAACUGACCAGCCUGCUGGCUCUCUUGAUGAGUUAGCACCGGUCCAAGAACAACACCUUGACCCAUCCUUUUUUAAGGAUCCACAUUUUGAAUCCGCAGCGCGGACAUUUCAAGACCAUUUGUUUUCAGGAUGGUUCACACCAGCACAUCGAGAACUUGUCGAGAGGCAUCAUUUAGGCGUUCGUGACGGAUCUUUAUACGCCCCAUGGAAGGACGAUCUCUGGGAUCAAGACCAUCCAGAAGAUCAUAACGAGGCCGACGAAGAGGGCUCUAUGCAGGACCCGUCUGAUUCAAUCGGUACCAGGAACGAAAGGCGCAAGAGCAAAGAAAGCGAGUUGUCUCCUCUCGUUCGUAAAGGAUUUUUGAAGCAAGGCGAUGUCAUCUCGUUCAGACAUAAAUUCCUUGGCUGCGGUUUGGCCAUCGAGAAAGAUGCUCUAAUAAGUGCUAUACAUCCAAAGACAAGUGCCCUUACUCUAACAGCAAGUUCCGGGACUACGCGAGACCUUCCAUCGGCCCUGCUCAUUCCAAAUCCAAACGGGCCAGCCGACUUAAGCUCAUUGCGAGAGGUGCACGUCUCUACACCAACGCAGCUCGUCACAGCACUGCUGGAUAUCGACGGGCGAAUUCCACGGGAACAUCGUCCUAGGAUAAAUGCUUGGAAAAUGAUAACUAACUGGCAAUGGUCUGUGGAGAUGGAAUCGCAGGGAAUCUCACCUGAAGAGGCGAUGCUUUUAGACAAAGGUGGUCGAGAAUGCCUUGGGACAUUGUUCUAUCUUAGAGGACAAGCCCUUGAUGAUUGAUCGGUGUAAAUUCGGAUCUCAGUCUCACACGUAUGCCACUCUC